AUGUCUUAUUGUGUUCUAUCGUAUGAAAUUAGACCUGAGACACUCAACCUUGUUUCAGAUUUCAUCCGGAAGCCAGUCGGACGACCAUCCAAAAGCAAUCCGCCCAUGGCACCCAUUGAAGUUGCUAAAAACCUCACAUACACAGAUCACUCGCCAAUUGUCGGAUUGUCUAAGACAAGCAAAGCCAAGGAAGCAUGUGGACAACUAUUCACAAUUGGAAACGUAAAUAGUACAACCGAGGAAGGGGAGACAGAUGGUCUUGAUUCUAUCAAUCAAAUGUCAAAAGAGGAGACCAAAAUUCCGCUGAAAUCUGUUGCACCCAUGGAACAGCUAACAACCCAAAGCGAGAUACGGCUUCACCUCAAUUCAAAAUGUCCUUGGGUGAACUCAAACCGAAGCCGUGUUCUCAUUGGGGCUUCCUGGAUGGUAGAGGAGGACAAACGCCAGUUUUUGAGGUACCCAGAAGUACUUUUCAUGGAUGCCACGCACAAAACUAACAAUGAAGGCCGCCCUCUUCUACUCAUUUGUGGUCGGGACUCUGAUGGCAAAGCCUUCGUUAUACUGCGUGUGUUCAUGCCAAAUGAAACUUCCGCAUUUUAUAACUGGGUCUUUCAGGAGGCCCUCCCAUCAAUGUUAGGCAAGGAGCAUUUGGAGCGGGUCAAUUUGGUUCUAACUGAUGGUGAUUCUAAUGAAUUCUCAGCUCUUGAAAAUUCAAUGCUUAAGUUGCUACCAAAUGCACUUCGGGGUAGAUGUGGGCACCACCUCAUUAAGAAAACGUUGCAAAAGAAAUCCAUUGCGCCUUCUUAUUUCAAAAAUAGGGUAUUGGGAGAGGCUAUACUGCAAGAAAUUGAAGGUUGGGUCCGUUCUUGGGCAGACGGAUCUUCCUGUCUCACUGAGGAAGAGUUUAUGUUCUCCAAAAACUUGUUGCUGGAUGAAUUGCGGAACAAUGAACAGCUACAAGAGGUCAUGGGGCUGGAGAGCGUCGGCAAACUCAUGGACUGGGUCGACACAGAUGUACUGCCCCAUGAAAAGAACUUUGCCCACUACAUGAAACGAGACCAUCGGUGCCUUGGGGAAUAUGUUACUAAUGCAACCGAGGGAUUAAACUAUGCUGCCAAACACAGUUCAAUGUCCGCAAAGCCAGAUCAGAAAAUGGUCACUUCCGCUGGAGCCAUGCAUAGCCAUGAUGACAUGAAGAAUCGAGAGAGGAAGAAAAAGAAGUUGCGCCAAUUUGAGGAUACACCCUUAUUCCUUGAAAGGGGUAACAAAAGGCACAACUCAGAUUGUUUCAAAGAGCUUGUACCUAUUGGCCGAUCUAUUAUGAUGGAUCAAGUGGAACAGAGUGCCGGCAACUCAUACCGAAUCUUCCAAAUUUCGCCUGGUUUGGACUUGUGUGCAUUUGGCUCCUCGAUGUUGUAUUUCUUUAACAAUUCGGAUGCAUUGUGGUCUACAUCACCAUAG